AUGAACGAGGACCCCAGCAGCAGCAGCAGCAGCAGCAGCAGCAGCAGUGCUGCCCGGGGCCAGUUCUCUGCUGCUGCUGCUGCCUCUGGCUCAGACGCCGUCCCCGCAGCAGCAAACAGCAGCAGCAACAGCAACAGCAGCAGCAGCAGCAGCAGCUGUUCAGCAGGCGUGGGGGCCUCGAGCGGGGAAAUCGAAAGCGCACUGCAGGUGGUCCCCAGGGGCCCCCAGGCGGGCCCCCCGUACCCCGUGGGGGGCCCCCUGCAUCCUGGGGGGGCCCCCCUGUACCCUGGGGGGGCCCCCCUGUACCCUCUUGGGGGCCCCUGCUGCGCUGCUGGGGGGGCCCCCCCGAACUUGUCUGCUUCGCAGCUGCUGUCUCUUAGCCGCGUGGUGACAGAACUGACAAGCAGUGCAUGUCUUUUGAUUUAUAAAAUUAAAUCUGUUAUGAAAAAGGCAGUUGAACUCUCCAGACAGGCCCACCCUGCUGCUGCUGCUGCUGCUGCUGCGGGGGGGCGCGCGGAGAGCGCUGCGGGGGCUGCAGCCGCAGGGGCAACUGCGGCGCCAGAGGCAGCAAACGCAGAGUCUCGCGCAGCAGCCGCAGCAGCAGCAGCAGCGGACCUAGCAGCAGCAGCCAGAGACGCAGGGGAUGGUGCAGCAGCAGCAGCAGCAGCAGCAGAAGCAGCAGAAGCAGCAGAAACCGCGGCGGAAGCCGCAGCAAAGAGAUUCAAAGCAAUCAAACAAGAGUCGCAGGCUGCAGCUGCUGCUGCAGCGCAGAGCGGAGCGGGAGCAGCCGGAGCCGGCGGAGGAGGUGCUGCCACAGCAGCAGCAGCAGCUGCUGCUGCAGCAGCAGCAGCAAGAAAGCGUGUGCCGCGCACUCGCAUUACUGGUGCAGCACCAAAAGCUAGCAGCAGCAGUAACUCAGCUGCAGCUGCCAGUUCCGGUGUAUCUCCACUGCAUCAUCCGAGCCACGGGG